CUUGCAGGUACGAUCAUAUGAGAGCAUUGAUCAUUUCUGUACCUGUGAAGUUACCUCAAGCUGCAGACAUUUUAAAUUCAUCUUACCGUGAAGACUGGUAAACUGGACGGAACAUCCUGACUCUGGUCAAAGCCAAUGUUUCAUACAGGUGAAUGACGCGGUCGCCACCAGGGCUUUUACUUCCGAAGCACUGACCGGAAGUGCUGUGUCGGUGUCUUCUCUGUGGAUGACGCUGGUGCGCAUCUCACCGACCGGGACACAGAUCCGUGGACACCUCGGCCUUUUCCCCGCCGCACCGACAGCCGCGUUUCCCCGGGAGCUGCAGCAGAGCGGAGCGGCUGGCCCUCGCUGCCGUCGCGGGUCGGAGGAGGACGCCGGUCGGUCGCUCAGUGUUAAUGACAGCCGGAGAUGACGGUCAUCAUCCUCAUCCAGGAGCAGCCCUGCUUGUUUUGUAUGGCGAAAUGAGGCAGGGGGUGGAGAGACGCCACAGAGACGCUGGGCUCCGGCCAAACAUCGCCGCAUUUUAGCGCUUCUUCGAUGCUCGGGACUUGCAUUGCAUUGCAUCUGCUGCACCGCUGAUCGUGUUUUCUGCAAAGUGCACGGUGGAAAUGCAGCUCGUCUGAGGACACCCCCCCCCCACCCCCUCCAGAUGUCCGUUGCUGCUGCCAUGACAGGCAGAGGUCUCCUCUCGACCGCGGCUCAGCCGGUAGGAGAAGAGGCGGAUUGAUUCGGGACGGUGGGACUCAUCUGCGGAUGUUAUUAUUGUGUGCGUGGAGCCUGCUGUAAAUAUCAUCCGCGCACACGCGCCGUGAUUGCCACUCAGGGAACGGGGAGAAAGAAAGCAACAUGUCUUCUCGAUCUGCAUUACCGUCUGGAAACGACAGGAGCACCGGAGACCAUCAUGUGUCGCUGGGGGCCAGUCGCUCAGACAAGGCCACCAGCCAGUCCAGCCGCUCGCUGGGUGCCCGGUGCAGGAACUCCAUCGCCUCCUGCUCCGACGAGCAGCCGCACAUCGGCAACUACCGUCUGCUCAAGACCAUCGGCAAGGGAAACUUCGCCAAGGUCAAGCUGGCCCGCCACAUUCUGACGGGCAAGGAGGUUGCAAUAAAAAUCAUUGACAAAACUCAGUUGAACCCAACCAGCCUACAAAAGGUGCUAGGGACUGGAUGGGAGCAAGAGGAGACCCCUGCUCCGGAGAUCAUCUCUCGUCUCUCAGGGGUAAUCGCUGCCCCGAGAGGGGGUUGACUCAUGUCGGAAGCUGCGGUCUCCCAACCUAUUCGGUUUU